CGAAUCCCUACUUCUGAAAUCGUGAAAUUUGGCUAAUUGCCGCAGGGUUUCGUCCCCAAUUUCCUGCAGGUGUCGCAUAAGCAGUGCCCUGUGAUUAAGGUGCUGGAAGCAAACAUGAUAUAUCUGCCAUUCGAGGAUCAAUGUUUUGAUGUAAUAGUAGAUAAAGGAACAAUGAUUAGAUUCUCUAUUCAAAUUUGCAUAAGUAUUCUCAAAUCCUUUUCACCCGUAAAGUGAUUAAGGUGCUGGAAGCAAACAUGCAACAUCUGCCAUUCGAGGAUCAAUGUUUUGAUGUAAUAGUAGAUAAGAGAACAAUGGUUAGACUUCAUUAUUUCUUACAACCUAUUUUUCUAUUUCAGAUUCUUUUUCAUUCAAUCAUUCAACUCUUGAAGUAGAUAAUAUUAUUUUUUAGAAAAGUAGAGAUCAAUAAAUUUGAUGGCGUUCCUGUUUGAAAUGGGUAUUCAAGUAAUCAUAAGUUUAGUGGAAAGAAAAAUGAAAAAUUAACCAAGUCAAAGAAUACAGAAAAUCAUACAUUCUCAACCUAUUAAGCACGUAGAGUUAUCGCCCCACUGGGUUCGAACCUGUGACCUCCCACAUUGGGGAGCCACCAUGAUGCCGCUUGACCACAAGGUCUUUGGCGUAAGCUUAGGAUAUUAAUUUUAUUACAAAUCGCAUACUGGCAAUUGCUAUUAGGCUAACUAGAUAUUCACCCUAACCCAUUUUUGAGCUGCUGGUUUUAAUUUUGAGAGUAAGCUUAGAUUUAGGCUACUUAUGCCUUCAUUAUUUAACGCCACUUUUGUUUAUCUAUCCUUUUCACUAUCAUGUCAUUUAUUAUGUAUCCAAUUCAAGUUCAUUGUAUUCAUUAAUGAUUAGUAGAUAUACUACAUAUCCUUUGUCCAAGUAUUGGUUUAGUUCUUAUUGGUAGUUGUUAAUUAAUGAUUUUUUUCUUAGGAUUUUUUAAUCAUAGGUUUGGUGGUUCAGUUUUGGGGGGUUUCGCACGGUUUGCAGUGUUUGUUGGCAGCUACAAUAAUUGACUGUCUGCUUCUCUUACAGCUUCAGCUGUCUUUGACGGCAUUUUAGUGUGUCUUCAAUCUUGAUAUUAUGCUCUAUUCAGAUUUGCAGAAGUAUUCUCAAAUCUUUUUCCUCGGUAAAGGUGCUCCAUUUCUGUCAGUUUUAUUUUUACUCUAUGUUGUGUUAGUUGUAACAUUAUUUUUGCUUUGCUUCUUUGCUCUCAUAGGUGUUAAUAACCAUGUUUAUGACUGUCCUAGCUUCCUCUUUCCUUUUCAUCUUUUCUCUGCUUUAAAAAUCCCAUCUGUGACUGGAACAAUCUAUCAUUGAAGAAUUUCACUACCGAUACAGGAAGUAGUAUUCAAAUUUUUAUUAAGUUUUGAGAAACUUAUGUAUAUUCUUCUUAAUACUAUAAUUGAGUCUUAUGUUCAGUUCUACCUUGAUGUCAUGGAAAUGGGAAAAUGAUUUGGCUCUCCUUUUUUUAUUAUAAAAUGUAUAAGCCCUGCAUUUUUUUCUAUCUCCUCUUCUUAGAACUCCAUUUUAUAUCGUUUAUUUAUAGGUUUUGGUCAUAGCACUUUUAUUAAGGGUAAUCAUGAAAAGAUGCUUUUCCAUACUUCACGCGAAUCGUGAAAGUUUUGCCUUGGUCUUUGUAUGUUGUGUGAUAUUAGAUCAUUUAUUAUGUACUUGUCGUACUAAAUAAAUCAUUCACAUGUUCAGCUCCCUCUGUCCAUAAUUCAGUUCUUUACCAGAGUUGGAAGGUCUUACACUUUUGCUUAUAGGUAUUAGCCUGAAUCAAAUUUGGUCUCUGUCAGAAGCAUCUACGUCUAUUGGGCUUCAUGUGGAAGUAGAAUCCUAUCUAUAUGCACUGGUUUUUUAAGUAACUAUACACCAUUUGAAUCCUAUAUAAUAUAUAAAUGAGAGGGAGGGUUUAAUCCCCGUGCCAAUGUGAAUUUUUUUGUUACUAAACAUUUUAAUCUGCGGUGGGAGGAUUGCAUGGUUUGAUGUUCUGACUAUAUUACCCUUACACCGUCCAAAAUCCAGUCUCAUUUAUUUACUCACACAUUGACCCUUAACCAGUAAUAGGGUUGGCAUAUAGGGAAAUUGAUCGAAAACUCUUGGAGUGGGUGAAAUUGGCCUUUGGGUUGCUCUCUUCCAUAAUGUUUACAGCAUUAAUGAAGCCAUCUUAAAUUUUCAGGUCACUUUGUACAUGUAUUUGUAUUAUUAGGAAUGAUUAGCUAUAAAAUUUUAGGAGAAUUGAUGUUUUGUGGCCCGUUUCUUUGGACAACUAUUAUUACAAAAGGCAAAAGCAUGUUUCAAACAUUUAAUCUUUAACCUUUUAGUUAACUAUGAAAUAUGUAUGUUAUAUUCUAUGAGGUGUGGAUGCAUUGUGAUUGAUGUUUUGGUGAUGCCAAAACGGCUUCCAAUUGUUAAGUUUUCAGCUUUUAAAUUUGGAAACACUAUGAGUGUUGAAUGCAUAGUAAAUUGUGAUUGAUAUAUUUGGAUGGUGGAAUUGUCCAGAUUAUGUCGAGAGUACUUCCAUUUUGUCAAGUUUGAACUUUUAAAUUUAGAAACACUAUUUGAGAGCUAUCAUUGCUUAGGAGAUAAAUUUGGUAAGUUUGUGUGCUUUGGUUCAGCUUUGGUUUAAAAUUUGAGUGUAGAUAUGUAACGUAUAUUCUGCGUGCAUGAGAGUUUAUUCUAGAUCAUAUAUCUCAACAUGGUUAAGCCUUUAGACUCUUUUUUUUUGAUAAAUGGAUUUGCAAAAUAAAAACGUUUAGAGGGCGUGAAGUAAGCUCUGCAUCAAAAGGUAAUCAAAUAAUAAUCUGAAUUUUUAUUUGGCUAGAGAUAAAUCUAAAUGGAAAUGUUGAGAUUAAUGUGUCCCUUUAUUUGGUUACUGUCUUCAAUUAGGAAUUUGUUAAUGAAAUAUUAAUAUAUGUGUAGGUUGUAUUAUAUGUUUAGUUGGUUAUCUAUGUGUAAACGACUAUAUACUAUGUUUUGUAAUGUUCAUUUUAUUUCCAGUGGCAGUGAAAGACUGGAAUAUAGGCUCGAUAAACUAUGCAUGAAGUUUUUUCAAGUGUUCUGGUUUGGCAUGUUUUUAUGCUGAUGCGUAUUUUAUAUUGAGUUCUUUAUAUGACAAAUGAAAGGAAUGUGAUGAGAAGAAAUAUGAAAGUAUGGCUGGAGAAUGGAACCACAAAUCUGAUAAAUGGAAUGCAGACCAAAAUGACAGAGGUGAAACUUAUUU